CUUUCGAGCUCACGCAGCCAGGCAGGAGUUCGAAAUGGCGGCACCAACAGAGAGGAUGGAGGUGUCUCAGGGGGAGAGCUCAGCCAAGCCUGCAGCUGAGGAUAUGACAUCAAAGGACUACUACUUUGACUCAUACGCCCACUUUGGCAUCCACGAGGAGAUGCUGAAAGACGAGGUUCGCACUCUGACCUACCGCAAUUCCAUGUUCCACAACAAGCAUCUGUUUAAGGACAAGGUGGUGCUGGACGUGGGCAGCGGGACGGGCAUCCUCUGCAUGUUUGCUGCCAAAGCUGGAGCCAAGAAGGUUAUAGGGAUUGAGUGCAGCAGCAUCUCGGACUACGCUGUGAAAAUUGUCAAGGCCAACAAGCUGGAUGAUGUUGUGACUAUCAUCAAGGGGAAGGUGGAGGAGGUGGAGCUGCCUGUGGAGGGAGUAGACAUCAUCAUAUCUGAGUGGAUGGGCUAUUGCCUCUUCUACGAGUCCAUGCUCAACACAGUCAUUUAUGCCAGGGACAAAUGGCUGAAACCAGAUGGACUCAUUUUCCCAGACAGGGCAACCCUUUAUGUUACAGCCAUCGAAGACAGGCAGUACAAGGACUACAAAAUCCACUGGUGGGAGAACGUGUAUGGUUUUGAUAUGUCAUGCAUCAAGGAGGUGGCGAUUAAGGAACCACUAGUUGAUGUGGUGGACCCCAAGCAGCUGGUCAGCAGCGCCUGUCUCAUCAAGGAGGUGGACAUCUACACAGUGAAGGCGGAUGACCUGACCUUCACCUCGCCGUUCUGCCUUCAGGUGAAGAGGAACGACUACAUCCACGCUCUAGUCACCUACUUCAACAUCGAGUUCACUCGCUGUCACAAGAGGACCGGCUUCUCCACCAGCCCAGAGUCUCCCUACACCCACUGGAAGCAGACAGUCUUCUACCUGGAUGACUACCUGACUGUCAAGACCGGGGAGGAGAUCUUCGGCACCAUCAGCAUGAAGCCGAACGUCAAGAACAAUAGAGACCUGGACUUCACUGUAGACAUCGACUUCAAGGGUCAGCUGUGUGAGGUGUCGAAGACGUCAGAGUACAGGAUGCGUUAGAAGUCUCUCUUCCUCCCUCCCUGUGUUAGUUUGUCUGUAGUAGAGGACAGAUUAUACGGUUUGACUGGGAGUCUGUACAAUAGUUUGAUGCUCCCCUGCAGCAACAUUUUUAAGACUGUCAUUUUUGUUUUUGUCAUUUUCUUGUUCAACCGUUAAUAGUAUUUAAAAGGUUUUCACUUCCUUGGGGUCAAAGUGCAUUGGCGUGGUGAUUCAUUGUGCCGCAGUCACUCAGCAAAACGUGAGUUCGACUUGUGCCUGGUGUUUGUGUCCCAAAUCUUGUCAGGUUUUGCUUUUGGGUUCUUGUCCUCUUUGCAUGUGCGGGAUCCAUCUAAACAUCAACGCACCGGCCGUGUUGACAUGCCUGCAUGUCUGCAGAGUAUUCCUGUUCAGUCACUUUGGCCCUCUGUAUGGUCAGUACAUGACCCAGCUCCUGGUCUCCCCUUUUUUGAUUCUGUUAAAGCUGUAGGUAUGUUGGUCUUUGGAUUUCUGUGUACUCAAGAAACUCUGCCUCCUCCACUUGUUAAUAGAAACCAUCUGUAACAAGAAAGCUGUCCACCAAACACCUUAGGCCCUGUUCAGACCUAUUGGUUUAAAAAAAACAAAACAGGGCUUCUGGAUUGACUCCCAAGGUCUUACACCAGGAGUGUGUGUGUGCUUGCAUGCAUUAAUGAGCUAAUAUAGGUGGAUUCUGCAGCGACAGCUCCAGUUACCUUUAGUGACCACAGUUCUCCUCGACAGUCCUAGUUUACCCAUGCUACAGUGUUAAAGCUAUGGACAAUAAUUGCCCCCACCCCAAGUAGACUUAAAAUAAGAAGUGGUGGUGUCCAAAAAAA